UCCAAAAAUAUAAACCCUUCGAAAACCCCAAACCUAAGUGGUGUUUGCAGUUUGAUAAAUGGAAGAAAAUGAAAUCUUGGAACUCUACCACCUUCAAUACGCCGAUCUAGUGGCGUUGUCGUCCCACCAAAUUCCCUCAUCAAACGAUGAAAUGCAACGCCUCGCAUCCAUUUCCAUAUCGAUAAUGCAAAGCCUCGGCCGUAACGGGCCGGGCCUUCUCUCCAUUACCGGUGUUCCUGCAGCCCAAACCUCCCAAACUCUGCUCCCUUUGGCCCGAAAGCUCGCUCUUCUCAGAAACGAUGAUCGGAAAAGGAUUCUCAAGGAUCAUAAUCUGGGGAGCGAUGUUCCGUUGAAGGAUUUGUAUAGAACCGUGUCUUCUUUUGCAAUGCAAAUGAAGUAUGAUGAUGAAUUCAAAUUUGGAUUUGGGGAUAGGGCAGUGUCUAAAGAGGUUGAAUCAGGGGAAUUUAAGGAUCUAGGGUUUGCAUUUCGAGAAUUAGGGUUUUGUAUGAUGGAAUUGGGGCUUUGUCUUGCUCGAGUUUGUGAUCAACAAAUUGGUGGGUGUGAGCUGGAACAGAGCUUAUUGCAGAGUGGUACAGCGAAAGGGCGGUUGAUACAUUAUCACUCUGUUGUUGAUAAUGCCGCCAUCAAUGAGGCGGAGAAUAGGAAGCGCCGUAGCAGGGUUAGUUUGGGGGAGAAUUGUAAAUCUGAUUAUGGUGACGAUGGUAACUCAAAGCUGUGGCAGCAGUGGCAUUACGAUUAUGGGAUUUUUACGAUUUUGACAAUGCCUAUGUUUAUGUUGUCGAAUGAAAGUGAUGAGCGAGAGUGCGACUCUCCUAGUGGCCAUACGUACCUGCAAGUCUUUCAUCCUGAGAUGAACCGUGUGGUUAUGGUGAAGGCGCCACGAGGGAGUUUUAUUGUUCAGGUGGGAGAAUCAGCAGAUGUGUUAUCACGGGGGAGGCUUAGAGCUACCCUCCAUAGUGUUUCAAGACCGGACAAGAUGGAGAAUUUGAGCAGGGAGACUUUUGUUAUAUUUCUACAGCCGGCAUGGAGCAAGACGUUUUCACUUGCAAACUACCCCGAUGAACAUUUAAGAUUAGGAGGUCAGGGUACAGAGCUACGUGACGAGGAAACUUGUAGUGCUAGGCAUGAAUUGAAUGGAUUGGCUCGGAAAAUUCAGGAGAUUGUUCCUCCCCUGUCUUCACGCUUGCGCGAUGGGAUGACAUUUGUAGAAUUCGCGAAAGAAACUACAAAGCAAUACUAUGGUGGUAAAGGUUUGCAGGCUAACAGAUAGGUGAUGCUGAAGAUGAAGAGCAGGCACGUGGGAAACACCUUCACCAAGAAGCGUGAUGUAGAUUAGAGAAUUGUUGUAAUUUAUGGUAUGUGCUGAUGUGGUGGUAGAUGUUGUGGCCGGGGAGGGACUUGUAGGCGGUACGAGAUGUGGACGCAGGGCGUGAGCAUGAGCUGCACCAUCUUGUAUAAAUUUUAAUAUAGGUGUGUGCUUCUAAAAUUUAUUAUGGCGUGAGCUGCACCAUCUUGUAUCUGACCAAGUAACAUGAACAUGGUAUUAUUUGGAAAGCCGAAGACGAAACAAU